AUGGAUAUUGAUGUGGGAAUGUUAAAGCAAACUGGGGAAGUAUUGGGUUAUGAGGGGCCUGCCCUAACAAAAUUUAUUCAGGAAGAGAGAAGUAGAUUAAUCAUUGAAUUUAAAGAGAAUCAACAACAUGCUAGGGAGGCACGAAAAGCAGAGAGGGAAGAGGCAAAGGCAAAGACACAAAGAGAGGCAGAGGAACGGUCUGAAAAAAGAAAGUUUGAAGAAAAAGAGAGGGAAAAGCAAUUUGAAUUAGAAAGAAUAAAAACAGAAAUAACCGUGAGAGCAGAGGGAACUGGUGGCCAAUCACAGGAUUCAUAUAUGAUGGGUGCUAAACUUCCUAAACUGUCCGAAAUUUCAGGGAGAGGCAACAAGUCCAAAUUUGUGGUGAGCAAAGGUCUCAUCUACAGGUUGUAUUAA